UUGUUUUUCUACUUCAUGGAGUGGUUAAUGACCUUGUGGUAUGUGUCUAAAAGACAGCGGUCAUUUCCGUAUCCCUAAAUAAAAUGGAUAAGAUAUUGCGUCUUGUUUCUCAACGUUCGAAAAUACCGAAUGGUAUUGAAGAAGUUGAGAAGUCGGUUUCAUCAUUUCAACCUCCUACUUUAAGUAAACAAACAAGUGAUAGGUCUAUCGAUUCACCGAAUCCAACUCGAGAUCCACAUGUUAUGCAAGAGUUGAUCAAUAAUGUUGAAGAUGUUUAUUAUUCAAUGACAUUUGACUCUGGAAAAUAUGAAAUUGAAAAUAUUGCUGGACCAAAUUGUCGUGAAUUAUCCAAAUUAAAAUUACGUCUUUUGGCAUUGGAUCGUCAAAAUAAAGCUGUAUCUAGACGUGUUUCUGAAUUGGUUCUAGAAAAGCAUCCACAAUAUGAAGCAGAAUUAAAAGGUGUUUUAUCAUUACAAUCAGAUAAUUGGGAAACAUUGUGCAUGUGUCGAGAAAUUAGAAACUCAUUAAAACAAGCCGACAAAACAUUGGUCUUAUCACGACUAAUUGUUUUACGUAAUCAUCGUAGACAAUUAAGAUUAAAACAAACACUAAAUAUUUUAUUUCGAUUACGUAAUCUACAAAAUAAUGUUCAACGGCUUGAUACACUCAUUAAGCAAGGUGACUUUUAUGAUGCUAUUCAACUACAUCGUGAAAGUCUAGUGCUUUUAGAAGAUUUCCGUUCAUACCGGUGUAUUGAAUCCAUUCAUAGCAAGUUGAAAGCAUCAGAAUUACGUAUUGAUGAGAAAUUAGAUUCAGAAUUACAAAGAAGCUGUGAACAUUUUGACGAGAAAUCAUAUUCAACUGUUCAGCGUGCAUUUGAAUUACUAGGAAGUACUCAGACAACAUUUGCUCAAUUACAAAUGCAUUAUGUAGCAGCCAUACAACGUAAAUCAUUCUAUCUAGUUCAAUUUCAUGUACAUUCAGCAUCUCAGCCAGAUACAUCUGGUAAUAAGAUAAUUACUAAUUAUUCUUAUCCGGAAUUGUGUCAACAACUUCCACAUUGGACUUUAUUACGGUGUUUGAGAUCGAUUUGUCAAAAUAUGUGGGAAAUUCUAUUAUGUUAUCAUCGUACAAUUCAAUGGCAUAAAAAUCGAGCGUCUGGCAAAAGUUCAUCCGAAACAUAUCCCUCUGCAUCUAGUCACACUAAACAUAAAUCGUUCACUUCAAAUUCUCUACUUAAUAAUUCCAAAUACCAUAAACCGAAAUUAAAAGUUGACAAUAAUGAUCGUGAUGAUAUUGUUGUCACUACUGAAAUUGAUCAAGACAGUAGUACAGUGACGAAGUCAUCCGUUAACAUAAAUAGUGAUCAUGGUUGUGAUCCACAGUUGGCCAGACAAUGGCAUGAUUAUGUCACGUGUAAAUUAGAUUCUGGUCGGUCACGUAUAUGGUCAGAAAUCAUUUCGCGUAUUGAACCAAUUUUAGAUGUUGUUAGUCAACUUGCCAGAGAUAUGACAUUUGAUCAGAUUGCUUCAUUAUUAUCUACUAUUAAUCAUUUUGUACAUAUAGGUGAAGAAUUUUGUGAAUGUUCACCGAAUGAACUACUGGAAGCUUUACGAAUUUCAAUUCAAAAAUAUUUUAAAGACUUUCAUCGAAAGCAUAUGGACCGACUUAAAAUGUUUUUAGAAAAUGAAACUUGGAAAAUAUGUCCUGUCAAGCAUUCAUUCACUGUAAUGGAUCUUCAAGAAUUUAGAGCAGUAAAAGAUUUAUUUGAAACUAAUACAUCUAAUAACAAUAUUACUAAUAAUAGCAGCAGUAGUAAUGUUAAUAAAAGCAUUACAGUUAAUGGGCUGAGCAAAGUCUCAGAUAGCAAUAACAAUAAUAAUAAUAAUAAUAAUAAUAAUAAUAAUUCGACAGUAAUUGUCUCAAAACUACAAAAUCAAAAGUUAUUCGCGUUCCCUUAUACGUUUGUGCAAUUCCCUGAGGAUCCCGAGAAUAGUAAUAAUAAUAAUGUUAAUAGUAACAAUCAUCUUGAUCAAACUGAAAUUAACUCUCCUAAUUUAAUGAAUUCAUCGUCAGCAUCAGCCGAUAUUAGACAACAGUCAAAUACAAAGUUUUUUUCCAAUAAUAAUGAUCAUAAUCAUGAUGAUCAUGAUAAUCAUGGUAAUAUCAAUAAUAACGACAAGUUUAUUACCAUUUCACCAAACGAUUUCUCUAAUGAUACAUCAUUUUCAAAUGAACAUAGUGGGCCACUUUUAUCAACAACUACAUUAGAAGUUCUUCGUUUAAUUGGUCGUUACUUACAAAUGAUGAGACUUUUACAACCGAUUGCUGGUGAAGUAAUGCAUUGUCUAUGUCAAUUAUUUGAUUAUUAUUUGUACUCUAUUCUUAAUCUAUUUGGUCCUAUACAAAUAUCGAAUUCAUCUGAAUUUCCAGAACGUUUACGAACAACAAUAAAACGUAUCAAUGAACGUUUAAUAACAACUGAUAAUCAUCAAAGUAUUUUAACAGGGGAUCGAUUUUCCCUUCCUUUGCAUGGACCUAUUGAAUUAUUGCAUGCAUUAAAUCCUACUGACAAUAAUCCGGCAAUUAGCGAUAAUAACAAUAAUAAUAAUAAUAAUAAACGUGAACACCAACUAAUACAAAUUUACGUCGUCGCAGUUGAGUCAGUUAUUUUCCUGGCAGACAUUUUAGAGACAGUUCUUCUUCCGCAUUUAACAGCAUGUCUUCCGGAUAAUAAACGUGGACUAGCACUUGUAUUCCGUGAACAAUCUUUGAUGGCAGCAAGACAAAUCCGCGAACCAUGUGCAAACGAACUGGCACCACAUUUGCUAAAUAUCAUAAUCACAAAGUAAGUUGGUCUUGUGUGAAUUAUAUUUAUGUAUCACGAACACAAGGUGAGUUUGAACUUUUGUCACUUCCCAGUUGGUCACACCAAAAAUAGAUACUCAUUUAUGAGGUACCUGGAGAGAAAAUUGAACUACUAGUGGCCUUAGCGGUUCAGAAGCGUCAUGACAGCAGUACAAAUACUUGAAGGUCAUCACUCAUGGACUUUUUGAGAGAAGUCGUAGAGGUGCGUUAGAUCUGUAUUUUAGGAGCUUGAACUCGAACGACGAAAAUUCGUGCAAAUGACUGAUGUGAUAGCAAAAAAUUGUAAACAGUUACCAGCAACAAAUAACGCAUCGAUUACUUCAAGUUUCAGUAAAAUAUGGCCAAUAGGAUCUAAUACAAAUCAGCAACAACAAACUAUCGACAAAGAAUCAUCUAUUCCAAAUAAUAACAAUACAAACUCAUCAUCCCCAACAUCAAUACAUAACAAUUUAAUUGUAUCCACUACCGAUUCAAUUGAUAUAUUAACUAUGCAUAUAUGUGCAAUAAAUUGGUCAACUAAAGAAGUAGCUAACACACCAAAUUCAUAUGUUUAUGAUAUAAAUAUUAAUGUAUUUCAUCCUUUAUCAUUAAUUUUACAAAAUAUAUCAAAAGAAUUUCAUUUACAAGAUCAUAUAUUUAUGAUUGUUAUUUGGAAAGCAUUAUUAUCUUGUUUGGCAUCACAAUUACUUGAAGCUUUAAGUCGUGUACAACAGUGUUCAGAUGAAGGACGUGGUCAAAUGUUAUUAGAUAUACAAACAUUAGCUGUAUAUGCUCAAUCCGCUAGUAAAAUACGGUCAUUUCCUAAGCUGGAUUAUGUAAUCGAAUAUAUUCAGGCAUUCUAUAUACCUAUACACGAAUGGGAGCAUUGGUUAACUAACUAUGGAACUAAAUAUUCACGAUCUCAGUUAACUGGACUUGCAUCAUGUCUUUCACGAUCUGAUAAACGUCAAUAUCAACGACUUAUAAACACAAUAAAUCAAAUUUACAAUACAACAAAUCAAAUAAAUUCAUUUGGAAAUGGUUUGUUGACCACUACAUCCAGUUGAAAAAAACUCAUUAUAUAAUGUUUCAUAGGACAUUUUAUUUUGUAUGUAUAUAAUAUUUCUACGC